GCGGCGGAGUCCAGGGCCGGGUAUCAUGGCGACGUACGUGGACAUCCUGAAGAGCGAGUUCCCGGAGAUCGACUCGGAGGUCUUCGACUACAUCACAGGUGUUUUGGCCAGUGGCGGAGCGGACUUUGAGGAUGGGGAGGAGGUCUACGACGCCAUCGGAGGCGUCCUGCAGGGAGUGUCCGCUGACAGUAAGAACGAAGACGACGUCAGAGAAAUCUGCUUCCAGAUGUUCAACACGCUCACACUGAACAACCAUCAUGGCUCCCAGAGGCAGGUUCUGUUGGACGCCCCGGUGCAACUGUCUCAGAUCUCUGCAGACAACGUCACUGGAGCAGAGGAUGUUCAAGGAAUCUGGAUGAUGAAACGUGCUCAGAACACAACGGUGGACGCCAAGAAACUGGAGAAAGCUGAGGCGAAGCUGAAAGCCAAACAUGAACGCAGGAACGAGAAGGACUCUCAGAAACCCACCAAUCCACUAGUCCUGGAGGAGGCGUCGGCCAGUCAGGCUAGCAAUAAGAAGGACAACCGAGUGGACCAAUCAGGGAAGAACCGCAGCUACGACAUCCGCAUCGAGAACUUUGAUGUUGCGUUUGGAGAAAGGUGUUUGCUGCAGGGGGCGGAGCUAUCUCUGGCGACGGGCCGGCGGUACGGUCUGAUUGGUCGUAACGGUUUGGGGAAGACGACGCUGUUGAAGAUGUUGGCCAGUCGCAACCUCCGCGUCCCGGCUCACAUCUCCAUCCUCCACGUGGAACAGGAAGUGGCCGGAGACGACACGCGGGCGCUGCAGAGCGUGCUGGAGAGCGACACGCUGAGGGAGGGGCUGCUGGGCGAGGAGAAGAGGCUCAACGCUCGCAUCGCCAACGGAACCGCUGACGGGAUGGAGAGCGUCCGACUGUCGGAGAUCUACGCCAAACUGGAGGAGAUCGAGGCCGACAAAGCUCCGGCCCGAGCCUCCGUCAUCCUGGCUGGUCUCGGAUUCUCUCCAAGAAUGCAACAGCAGACCACCAAGGAGUUCUCUGGUGGAUGGAGGAUGAGGUUGGCGUUGGCCAGAGCUCUGUUUGCUCGGCCGGACCUGCUGCUGCUGGACGAGCCGACCAACAUGUUGGAUGUCAGAGCCAUUCUGUGGUUGGAGAACUACCUGCAGACGUGGCAGUCCACCAUCUUGGUCGUCUCCCACGACAGAAACUUCCUCAACGCCGUGGUAACGGACAUCAUCCACCUGCACUCCCAGAGGCUGGACAGUUACCGUGGCGACUAUGAAAACUUUAUUAAAACCAAAGAAGACAGACUGAAGAACCAGCACAGAGAGUACGAGGCGCAGCUGCAGUACAGACAACAUAUACAGGUACUGCUGCAGUACAGACGACAGUACAGACAACAUAUACAGGUACUACUGCAGUACAGACGACAGUACAGACAACAUAUACAGGUACUACUGCAGUACAGACGACAGUACAGACAACAUAUACAGGUACUACUGCAGUACAGACAACAUAUACAGGUGUUUAUCGACAGAUUUAGGUACAACGCUAACAGAGCAGCUCAGGUCCAGAGCAAACUCAAACUGUUGGAGAGACUACCUGAACUGAAGCCCAUUGAGAAAGAAACUGAAGUCACUUUAAAGUUUCCAGAUAACUUUGAGAAGUUGUCUCCUCCCAUCCUGCAGUUAGAUGAAGUGGAGUUUUAUUACAGUCCAGACCAACGGCUCUUCUCCGGACUCAACCUGUCAGCUGACCUCGAGUCUCGCAUCUGCAUCGUUGGUGAAAACGGCGCCGGUAAAUCGACCAUCCUCAAACUGCUGAUGGGCGAGUUGACGCCGGUCAACGGAGUCAGACAAGCUCACAGGAGUUUGAAAAUCGGUUACUUCAGUCAGCAUCACGUGGACCAGCUGGACCUGAACGUCUGCUCUGUGGAGCUGCUGCUCAACAGGUUCCCCGGUCGGACGGAGGAGGAGUACCGCCAUCAGCUGGGAGGCUAUGGGAUCACCGGAGAGCUCUCCACGAGGCCGGUGGCCAGUCUGUCGGGAGGACAGAAGAGCCGGGUGGCCUUCGCACAGAUGACCAUGCCAUGUCCGAACUUCUACAUUCUGGACGAGCCGACCAAUCACCUGGACAUGGAGACCAUCGAGGCUCUGGCUAAAGCUCUCAACAAGUUCAAAGGCGGGGUCAUCCUGGUGUCCCACGACGAGCGUCUGAUCCGGUUGGUGUGUAAGGAGCUGUGGGUGUGUGAAGCCGGGAAAGUCACACGCAUCGACGGCGGCUUCGAUGAGUACCGAGACAUCCUUCACGAGCAGUUCAAGAAGGAGGGUUACCUGUGAGGCCCUGCCCACUGCAGACUGACCCCGCCCACCACUCAUAUAAGCCCCGCCCCCUCCAUAACAGCACCUGUCACAGCAGCCAAUCGGCCGUCGGAGCAGACCGGAGGACGUUUUUCUUCUCUGAACUGUCUCACCUCCUGCUUCAGGUGAUGUUCUGAUGCGAGCUGAUUGGUUGGUUUCCGCUCACCUGAUGAGGUCACAGUGAACUCUGGAGGAGGCGGAGUCAUCGCGAAAGAUCUGGAGUUUAUUUAAAAGUCAAACAACCGUCUGUCGUCAGUUUCUCGUCACUUUAAACCUGAUUUUGUUUUGUAACGUCGACCGGCGGAAGUUUUAUCAGUUUUAAAGGACAAAAUAAAAACCAUCAGCUCA